CCAAAUUCCAAAUCCAGAGAAAGGUUAUACGUAGUCCUUCUGUUUCCAUGACAAAUGUCCCAUGGCUGUGUUCGACUCCGAGACACAAAUGUCUCUCCUCAAUAUUCUUACGCUUAUCACUUUCCUACUUUUUCUUCCCUUGCAAUUACAUUACUGCAUAAACUGCAUUUCCAAUGAAGACAAUACUUAAUAACUCAAUGCUGUUUUCCUUCCUUAGUGUAGAAUACAAGUUUGAUACUACGCACACAACUCGUUUGAUGAAUUUCCUCAGAUAUGAUGCAUUUCUUGUUUCGACCAGAUCGGCACCGCUUUUUGACGCAAGUUAUCACUACCCAGAAACCCAAAAAUCUUUUUCACUCUCCACAUUCAACAAUAACAACACCACCGGAAUUUGAGGAGCUUUGUAAAGUUGUUUCGAGCUCAAUGGGUGGUUUGGAUGACUUGGAAUCGAGUUUAAAUCGGUUUAAGCUUUCCUUAUCACCAUUACUUGUUACUCAAGUUAUAAAUUCUUGCGAGAAUGAAGCUCCCACUAGAAGGUUAUUGAGAUUUUUCUUGUGGUCAGUUAAGAAUUUAAGUUCUAGUUUGGAGGAUAAAGACUUAAACAAUGUGGUUCGAGUUUUUGCAAAAAAGAAGGAUCAUACUGCAAUGGGGAUAUUGGUUUCAGAUAUUAGGAAUCGGGGGCGCACAAUGGAGAGCCAGACUUUUAGUGUUGUAGCUGAGAUGUUGGUUAAAUUAGGGAGAGAAGAUGAGGCAUUGGGUAUAUUCAAGAACUUGGAAAAGUUUAAGUGCCCACGAGAUAGUUUCAGUUUGACUGCUAUUGUUAAUGCUUUAUGUGCUAAAGGGCAUGCUAGGAAAGCUGAAGGUGUAGUUUAUCAUCACAAGGAUACGAUUGCCGGUGUUGAGCCUUGUAUAUAUAGGUGUCUCCUCUAUGGGUGGUCUGUGCAGGAGAAUGUGAAGGAAGCGCGCAGAGUUAUCAAGGAGAUGAAGUCGGCUGGUUUUGAGCUUGAUUUGUACUGCUAUAAUACAUUCCUUAGGUGCCUUUGUGGGAAAAAUGCUAAACGUAAUCCUUCUGGCCUUGUUCCUGAGGCUCUGAAUGUGAUGAUGGAAAUGAGGUCCCAGAGAAUUGCUCCAACAUCAGUCAGUUAUAAUAUAUUGCUUUCUUGUUUGGGGAGGACAAGAAGAGUGAAAGAAUCAUGUCAGAUUCUGGAGUUGAUGAAAAAGGCUGGUUGUGCUCCAGACUGGAUCAGCUAUUAUCUUGUUGCUAGAGUAUUGUACUUGACUGGGAGAUUUGGCAAGGGUAAUAAGAUAGUGGAUGAGAUGAUAGAACAGGGGCUGACUCCCGAUCGUAAGUUCUACUAUGAUCUGAUCGGUGUCCUUUGUGGAGUUGAGAGAGUGAAUUUUGCUCUCGAGCUGUUUGAGCGGAUGAAGAGAAGUUCAUUGGGUGGGUAUGGGCCAGUUUAUGAUGUCCUCAUACCAAAACUUUGCAGGGGAGGGGACUUUGAGAAGGGUAGAGAGCUAUGGGACGAGGCUGUGGCUACGGGUGUUAGUCUUUCCUGUUCAAGUGAUGUGUUAGACCCCUCAAUCACUGAAGUUUUCAAGCCAACAAGAAAGGCGGAGAAAGUCCAUCUCAAGGGCUGUACCAUGGCUAAGAGUCCAGUAAAAAAUAAGCAGAACACCAUGAAGGGAAAGAAGUAUAAGAAAAUAAAGAAGAAAAAGAAGAAGUCAUCUUCAAAAUAAAAUGUUGGUAGAAAAAGAAGCCAGAUACAGUGGACAAUUCAAUGUGCUUGAAGCACACUUCCAAAAACUUGUGGCUUGUGUCUGAUACAGUUUGCAGAAAAAGUGCAUGUGGCAGCAAGCAAACCAUUGGAAGUCACGGGUACAAUGCAUGUAGAUUCAGAAUGGGCAGUCUCACUUCACCAUAGUUGGAAGUGAUGGGUCUGGUGUCAACACAAUGUUUGGGGACUUAAUUAAUGAGGGAGGGGGCAGUGACCAUCAGUGAGUGAGACUGUGAGAGGUGAAGCUGAGUGCAAGUAAGCACCGUUUUGCACAUGGGCAUAUGGAACAGGGCCUUAAGGCAGCAGUUGAGAUUGGAUCCUGUCCAACAUGCCCCCACCCCCCGCCACCAUCACUCACGUGGCAUGUCCAGGCAAUGGCAAUGCAACAGACGACAGUGAAUGUUUCGGAACGUGCGAACCACGCUCUCUUAAGUAGCGUGGUGGUUGUUGUUGGCAAUAGGCACAAGAAUAAAAUAGAUGGAGGACACCACACCAGCUUAGUUGGGGACAAGUUGGAUCCUCAAAAUCAACGCGUCGAGGCUUAGCUGUGCAGUGCAAAGAACCAGUACGCCAACACCGGGAGGGUCCAUUUUGACAGCCCCCGUUGGAAGGCAUUUAAUUUAAGGAUUAAAACCCAAACUUGGUUACAGUUUUGCUUUGACCUUUUCAAUGCAAUAAUUGAUCAUGAA